AUGGACCUUGUCAAUCACACAUGGACCCAGAGUUUCCUCCUUGCAGGUUUCACUACCACUGGAGCCCUGCGACCUCUUGCUUUCCUGGGGACACUGUGCAUCUAUAUCCUCACCUUGGCAGGGAACUUGUUCAUCAUUGUGCUGGUUCAGGCAGAUUCUAGACUGUCCACACCCAUGUACUUCUUCAUCAGUGUCCUCUCCUUCUUGGAACUCUGGUAUGUCAGCACCACAGUGCCCACGCUGCUGCACACCUUGCUCCAUGGGUGUUCACCCAUCUCACCAACCUUGUGCUUUCUCCAGCUCUAUGUCUUCCAUUCACUGGGCAUGACUGAGUGCUACCUGUUGGGUGUCAUGGCACUGGACCGCUACCUUGCCAUCUGUCACCCACUCCACUACAAUGCUCUUAUGAGCAGACAGGUACAGUUAUGGCUAGCAGGGGCCACUUGGGUGGCUGGCUUCUCAGCUGCACUUGUGCCAGCAAGCCUCACAGCCACUCUGCCCUUCUGCUUAAAAGAGGUGGCUCAUUACUUCUGUGACCUGGCACCAUUAAUGAGGUUGGUGUGUGUGGACACAGGUUGGCACGCUCAAGUCCACAUUGCAGUGAUAGGCAUUAUCAAUGCUUGCAAUCUUGUGCUCAUUUUAGGACUGUACGGGGGUAUCCUGAGAGCUGUGCUGAAGCUGCCCUCAGCUGCAAGCCGUGCCAAGGCCUUUUCCACCUGUGCCUCCCAUAUAACUGUAGUGGUGCUAUUCUUUGCCUCUGCUUUCAUUGUCUAUGUGGGGCCACCUGAGAGUCGCCCUGAAGGCACUGACAAACUUAUUGCCUUGGUGUAUACUUUUCUGACCCCUUUUCUCAACCCCGUUAUUUACACUUUUCGUAACAAAGAAGUGAGAGAGGCUGUCAGGAGAGUCACCCAAAGCAUUAGGGCUAUGAUGAAGAGACCCUGA